AAGCUAAAAUUUUCGGUGGAAGAAAUUCACUGUGUAUUUGAUCGAAUUUAACGUUAUUUUGAGCUAAAAUUCGACCAAAAUGAGCCGAACUGCCUACCAGGCAAGCGGAGAUGUUAAACUUGAGCAUCAUAAAGUCAAAUGGGAUCCGAAAACGUUGGAAAUCAGGACACAUUCCGUGGAGAAAGCACUGGAACCUCUCGUAUAUCAGGUGACAACUCUUGUAAACAAGCCCAAAAAGAAGGGAUCUAAGGUUGGAAAGUCUAAAAAUGCCCACAAGCUUGCACAAGAUAUYGAGGAUGCCACAGUGCGCUUGAUCAAAAGUGGUGAAACCAUUGCACAAGAUUUUCCUGAGAUACGUGAGGAAAUGAUUACAUCUUGUAAGGAGUGCAGGCAAACAGGUGACACCAUGCAUUUUGGUGCAAAAGAGUUUGCAGAUGAUCCAUGUUCAUCUUCUAAGCGAGCAAACAUGAUUCGCGCAGCUAGAGGAUUGUUGUCAAGUGUCACACGUUUGCUUUGUGUUGCUGACAUGGCUGAUGUYUAUCGUCUCCUGGCUUCCUUGAAACUAGUUGAACGAAGACUUAAAGAUCUUGAAGGAGCUAACAAUACAGCWGACUUACUGAACUCUUUUAAGAAUCUUGGUAAUGAUCUAAUGGAUUUGGCAAAACUUUCUGGGAAAAGACAAGCUGAUCUGAAAGACCCUUCAAGAAGAGAUGAGAUUGCUGCAGCAAGGGCAAUACUCAAGGAUGCCAGUAAGAUGCUCUUAUCAUCUUCUAAGGCUUAUGUACGUCAUCCUGAUGUACCCACUGCCAAGGCCAACAGGGACUUUGUGAUCCAACAAAUGAAUGAUGCUGUCCGCUCCAUUUCUGGUACAGCGCAAGCGACAGGACCAAGUGAGCCACAUCCUCUAGAAAUGCCUGGUGCCCUAGCAGCAGCCCUAGAUGACUUUGAUUCCCAACUAGCAAUGGACCCUGCCUCAUACUCUGAGAAGAGAACUCGUCCAUCCCUUGAGGAACGCCUKGAAAAGAUCAUCAGUGGAGCUGCUCAGCUUGCCGAUGCUUUGGGUACAAGAGACAACACCAGGGAUAACAUCAUUGCUGAGUGUAAUGCAGUCAGGAAGGCCUUACAAGACCUUUUGUCUGAGUACAUGGUAAGAAUUACCUWAUUGUUAAAACAUGAAUACCUGAUUUAUAAUACAAUGUUACCAUUGCAGGCUGCUGGCAAAAAGAAACCUGUCCCAGGUGGUCCUUUGGAUCAAGCCAUUGAGAAAAUGUGCAGCAGGACAAGAGAACUGAGGGGGCAGCUCCAAAAGGCUGUUGUUGACAAUAUUUCUGAUGCAUUCCUGGAAACCAAYCUUCCUCUUCUGAUGAUGAUUGAGGCGGCCAAGGCCGGCAAUGAAAGAGAAACAGAGGAAUGUGGCAAGCUGUUCAUGGAUCAUGCUGCUAAACUAGAGGAAGUUGCUACCCUUGCAAGCUCGAUGUCAAGUAACCCAGAAAAGGUCAAGAUGGUCAAAAUAGCAGCAAGAAACAUCCACAGUCUUGCUCCACAGGUUGUCAAUGCCGCUCGUACCCUGGCAGCAAGACCACGCAGUAAAGUUGCCUUAGAAAACAUGGCGGUCUUUAAGGAUGCUUGGGAGAAGCAAGUGCGCGUGCUCACUGAAGCAGUCGAUGACAUCACUAACAUUGACGACUUCUUGGCAGCAUCAGAGGCACACAUUCUUGAGGAUGUCAAUAAGUGCAUUCAAUCACUGCAAGACAGGGAUCCCGCGACCCUAGACCGCACGGCUGGWCAAAUAAGGGGACGRACCCAACGCGUUGACGAAGUAGUGACAGCCGAGAUGGAAAAYUAUCAAAAAGGGCCUUACACUGAUAACGUCCAUAGAGCUGUGAAAGCUAUGCGAGAGGAAGUGAUGCCGAAUUUUGCCCGAGCCGUGGAGAUUUCUACAAAGUCUSUCGGUAAAGACCCUUAUGGUGACCAUGARGAGGGRAAAUUCGUCGACGCUUCUAAGCUUGUAUAUGAAGGCAUUAGGGACAUCAGACGUGCUGUUCAAGCUGGCAAGAAAAGCGACAAAGGAAGCCCGCCUAUUGCUGACAAGGAUGCUGCUGCUCUGUUUGCUGAGGCUCAAGCGAAAGCAAGAGAGCAGGCUGCCUAUGAACAGCUCAAAGCAAGUGGGAAACUUCAGUUUGCUCUUCGCGGCGAAGGUGGUGAUGAUGAGGGUGGACUGGGGAAAGCUUCUAUUAUGGUCAACGGAGUCGAGCACUGCCCCAAUAAACCGGGCCAUAAUAUCGCAGUUCUGGAUCCCACCGGAGAACUCAUUGAWGUUAAAAACUUUAAUACCAAUGCUGGGGAGGGACCUGAAAUGGCGCGUUUCCUGGACUCUCUCCCUGAUGAUCACGUGGUUCUAGUUGCUACGCAGAACGUGAAUGGAAAGGAACAAGGUAACAACGCAUACUUGGCUGCGAAGUCUUUCGAGAGAAUCGGAUUUAAAGGUGAUAUGGCCGAUGUUCCCUAUAAAGGAUCGAUGGCAUUCGCUGGUUGUACUGGACCUACUCCUCGUUAUUGGUCAUCGGCUGAAAUACGACCUCGUUAUCGUGGACCGGCGAUUGUUGCUCAGAUUAUCCCCACUCCAGCUGCUCAAGCAGGUCAAAUCAAGAUAACGAUCACAGCAGAAGGUGCCGACGACCCGAACGCUACCGGCAGAACAUCGAUUAAAGUGAACGGAGUCGAACGAUCACCGCUACAACGAGGGCACAACGUUGUUAUCCUUGACAACGCAGGCAAUUUCGUAAUGGCAACACAUUUCGAUACUGCGGACUCGUCUAAAGGCGAAGGGGUUAAAAUGGCACGAUUUAUUGAAAACCUUCCUCAAGAGCGAAUGGUGUUGAUGGCUACUCAAGGAACGACUGGUACUGCUGUCAAUGACGCUAAAGGAGCGCUCCAAAAUCUCGGUGUCACCGGCAACCCUCACCCAGGAUUCCAUGCGUCAUGGGCGUUUGUUGGUUACACAGGUCCCGAGAAAGUUAAAUGGGCGAAAACAGUCACGCAACCACGUUACAAGGGACCUGCUAUCAUCAAUGAAAUGAUCACAACACCUCAAGCCGACCUUGAACUCAGUCAAUUACAAGAGCCAGAGGUUGUUUUAUCCGAUUACGAUCCAGUCUCAGACUACGAAGCAGCGCCGUACUCAGAGUUCGAUGAUACGGAGGAAGAUAACACAAAAAGCUUAUCAAAGAAAAGCACACGAUCCUUAUUCCGCGCUCUUCCCGAAGCCGAGAGAGUCAAGAUUGCUGAACUAGCCGAAGGUCUCAAGGCAGAGAAGUUUGCUCUCGAAAGAGAGCURACAAAAUGGGAUGAGGCUGGCAAUGAAAUCAUCGUUCUUGCUAAGAAAAUGUGUAUGAUGAUGAUGGAGAUGUCUGACUUCACGAGGGGAACCGGUCCACUGAAGACAACUAUGGAUGUUAUUGAAGCAGCCAAGAGAAUCGCGAAAAGUGGAAACAAAAUGCAGAAACUUGGAACGACUAUUGCAGAACGAUGCCCUGACUCCUCGUCCAAGAAUGAUCUGAUGGCUUAUAUCCAGCGUAUUGCUUUGUUUUCACAUCAACUGACUAUCACCAGUCGUGUAAAAGCCGAUGUACAGAUGAUCAGCGGUGAACUUGUAGUCUCUGGGUUGGACAGUGCGACAUCACUAAUCACGGCAGCCAAGAAUUUGAUGAAUGCUGUCAUCUUAACUGUGAAGGCUUCGUACGUUGCUUCGACUAAACAUAAAUCGGGAAGCGUUAAGGCUCCAGUAGUCACUUGGCGCAUGCGUGCUCCCGACAAGAAACCGCUGGUUAAUCUCGACAGUGAGGCAGAACGGGUAACCACCCUCCAGAGAGCCGAACGAGUUCGACAGGAGUCGCCCAUCCAAGCACUUAGCGAAUUCGACACCUCUGAACAAAAGCGACAUCCGGAUUUCUACUAAUCGACUAAACCCCCUGCCUUACAACGCUUGGUAAACUGCUAUUACUAGAAUCAGACAGCAGAAAAAUCUAUAUUUCUAUUUUUAACAAAUUAAAAAGCACAAUUGUAGAUAAAAUGGUGAAAGUAAUUUUAAAACGUGCACUUGUUGAAUGAUUUCUAAUAAACCGUGAUUUCGCAACCGAG